GAAACUCCAUCGUUCAUAAACCUUCAAGACUACUAAAUAGUAGUUGGAUUACAUGUAGUUAAAGUCUACUUGGGGUACAUGAACCUUCAGGGGUGUCACGUGACUCUGAAUAUCCUCCCCUUACGGACAUGGAAGGUUAUCACCGGAAGGAGGUCAGGGUAACAUUCAAAAUGGCGGUCCCCGUAUGGCUGUCCUACCAGAUCUGUGCGGGAAGAGGAUUGGUGUCAUUCCCUUCCUCUUACCUACGUCUUCACUACAGAUCCAAUGUCUUCAGGAUACGAGGUUUCCUCACAUGUUCUUCAAAGACCACCCACAUGCAUCGGUUACCCCCUCUGCAAGUGAGGUAUUUGUCAGGGGAGCGGGGUGGUGGCAGAAAAGGUUUUCUUGGGGAAUUUUUGGACAACUUGAAGCAAGAACUAAACAAGAAUAAAGAAAUGAAAGACAACAUUAAGAAGUUUCGGGAAGAGGCAAAAAAACUGGAGGAGUCGGAUGCAUUAAAACAAGCUAGAAGGAAAUAUAAAACUAUAGAGUCUGAAACAGCAAAAACAUCUGAGAUUCUAAAGAAGAAGCUGGGAAACAUCUCUGAGACAGUUAAAGAGGGGCUGGAAGAGGUCAGUCGCACAGAAAUUGGCAAGAAAAUCAAGGGAGGAAUGGAGGAAGCAGCCAAAACAGCUAAGACCUCAGCAGAAUCAGUCACAAAGAGUGGAGAGAUUUUUGGGAAGACCGGUGCGUUUAAAGCAAUAUCUCAGGGCAUGGAGAGUGUAAAGAAAGAGAUUGGUGACCUUGGUCACACUGGCCCUUAUCGGCCUCCUGCCAGACUCCGAAAGAGAAGUGAGUUUUCAUCCAAGGGUCGAGGAGAUGACAAAGUCUUCAAAGCCAACGAGGAAGCUAUGGGUGUUGUGCUCCACAAGGACUCAAAAUGGUACCAACAGUGGAAGGACUUCAAAGACAACAAUGUUGUCUUUAACAGAUACUUUGAGAUGAAGAUGAAGUAUGAUGAGAGCGACAAUGCCUUUAUCAGAGCAUCACGUGCUGUCACUGACAAGAUGACCGACCUUAUAGGCGGACUAUUUUCAAAGACGGAGAUGUCCGAAGUCCUUACAGAGAUUUUGAAGGUGGACCCUUCCUUUGACAAAGAUUCCUUCCUCAAGCAGUGUGAACGAGAUAUCAUUCCUAAUAUACUGGAGGCAAUGAUCAGAGGGGAGCUGGAGGUUCUGAAGGAUUGGUGUUAUGAAGCGACAUACAGUCAGCUGGCACACCCACUACAGCAAGCUAAGGCCAUGGGACUUCAGUUCCACUCUAAGAUCCUGGACAUUGACAAUGUGGAUUUGGCCAUGGGGAAGAUCAUGGACCAGGGUCCAGUAUUGAUUAUCACCUUCCAGGCUCAGUUAGUCAUGGUGAUCCGAAACACCAAAGGAGAAGUUGUAGAGGGAGAUCCUGAGAAAGUGCUCAGGAUGAUGUAUGUGUGGGCUCUUUGUCGAGACCAGGAGGAGCUUAACCCCUGUGCUGCCUGGAGACUACUUGACAUGUCGGCAUCUAGCACCGAACAAAUCCUCUAAGACUCUUUGACGUGCUCAAGAUGCACUCAUCCAGGAAGAAAACAUACUGUACCUGAACAGGCCUCAGAGCUGGCUGGGAGGAGAGAGAGGAAGAGGCGAGAAAAAGAGGGACACACCAGUGGGACAUGGGCUCACUGUAUGACAGGAUCAUUGUAGAAAGAUGCUGCUUAACACUUGGGUGCUUCAAUGUAUCUUGUCGUACUGCACUGGCACAUUAGUGUCUUUGUAUGCUUGACUCUAUUCCUCUGGAUCACACUAGGGGGCGGUACACUCAAAGAAUUCAAAACCAACAUUAUGUGUUCUGUUUGAGAUGCCUGCCUGGCUUUCCAUUUAUUGACUAUGGUGCAGCACAGUUGUUGGAUAAAGGAAGUUAUUCAACUUGCAUUCAGCUCUUUCAUUUUGAGCAUAAGAGAUGAAAAUGUAGAAAACAACAGUGUAAAUUUGUACCUAAGCUUUGCCACUGUCCUGUUUAAUCAGUCCCACUGAGGCAUUGUUAUCUUGGUGAUGCGCAGUGUUGUGGCCAAUCAUUCAUCUCUUCAAACCUUGCUUGUAUGAUAAUUGCCCAAUGCAACUGUUGAACUGUAAAAGAGGCUAUAUUUAUUAUUAAAAAAAAACAAACAAAUGUGCCACAUUUUUUGACGUUGGCAGAUAUUUUUAAAAAAAUAAAACCCUAUGAAAAAUA